AUGGCUUUGGUAGGAGAAAGGUGCGGAGAACACAAGAAUGGCCAAACUAAGCCUCCAGUUUGAACCCUUUUCCAUAAUCUUGUUCAUUAUCACGGUUCCUUGGUUCAACCUUUCUCUUUGCUGUCCUCCAUAUCAGAAGGAAGCACUUCUCCAAUUCAAAUUUCUACUACUGGGAAACGUUUCCUCCAAUUCAAACAUGGAGCUUUCUGGGUUAGAGUCUUGGAACUCAACUUCUGACUGCUGUCACUGGGAACGAGUUCGCUGUCAUAAUUCGCAAAAGGUGAAAUUCCGGGAGUUGGGCUUGCCAAUUUAACUAACCUUGUAAGACUUGACAUGGCUGGUAAUAGUUUGAUUGGCUCCCUUCCUCCCCAGUUGUUUUCUUUAAGGCGCCUGGAGUAUCUUGACGUAAGUUAUAAUUUCCUUGGAGGGAAUGUACCUGCACAGAUUGGAAAUCUCACAAAAUUGAAGUUUUUUUCACUCUACAGCAACAAAGUUUCUGGAGCAAUUCCACCAUCACUGAUGCUUUUGACAAGGUUAGAAUAUUUGGAUUUGGGACAUAAUUUUUUUACCAUGGAAAUACCAACUGAUAUCGGCAACCUCUCAAACAUCUCUUAUUUGAGCUUACGUGAGAACAAUUUUUCUGGAGAGAUCCCUCCAUCAAUUCAAAAGAUGGAAGACUUAGAAGUAGCAGAUUUAUGUGAGAACAACCUUGAAGGAACUCUCCCUCAAUGGUUAGCUGAUACUGGUAUUAAAUAUUUGGAUUUUUCAAAUAACAAGUUCUCGGGUUCUCUGCCACCUCACUUAUUUCAAUCUCAGAGUUUUCUGGCUCUUGCACUUUCAUAUAAUAAUUUGUCAGGAGAAUUGCCAGAAACUAUUGGUGAAGCCUCUAGAAUGAAAAUACUCGUUUUGUCAGGCAACCGGUUCUUUGGAACAGUGCCUCCAUCCAUCUCAAAGCUUGGACUAAGUUGGCUGGACUUGUCAUGCAACAAAUUUUCAGGCAAUGAGUUUCCAAUAUUUAAUCCAAAUUCAUCUUUGGCUUAUAUUGAUUUUUCCUUCAAUAAACUAUCAGGUGAGGUUCCUGUGACUUUUCCAUUGGUUGUAAAAGUGCUUCUGUUAAACGAAAAUGAGUUUUCUGGUGUCUUGCCUCAAGAAAUCGCAAAAUUCAGCCGGCUCCGAUACCUUAAUCUCCGAAGCAACAAUAUUGGAGGUGAAAUCCCAAAUUUUCUCUCUCAGAUGUCUUCUCUUCUAAUUUUAAAUCUGAGAAAUAAUUCUUUCAAUGGGUCCAUUCCAAUCAGUUUGUCAAAUCUUAGUGCUCUUCAAAUUCUUGAUCUCUCUUACAAUAACCUUAGUGGAAAAAUCCCACUUGGUUUUGGAAAUCUUACAGGGAUGAUCAAUAAUCAUGAUUGCCCAGCAAAACAUGAUGUCCCAGCAAAACCCUCUGGUCAAAUUCCCUUUCCUUCCUCCAUUGCGAUGGCAAGGCAUGUUAAUCGGACUUCCUUUUGGGAUGCAAAAGUUCAUAUAUUGCGUAAUUUGGAAGUUUUCUGGAAGAAGUUUGAGCGAGGUCUGCCUAUUCAGAACCUUCACCUAUAUACCUUUUUAGACCUAUCUAACAAUCAAUUAUCAGGUGAAAUUCCUGAUAGUUUAGGCAGAUUGAAAAGUUUGAAGUCAUUGAACUUAUCAAAUAACAAUUUCUUUGGAGGAAUACCAUGGAGUUUUGGUGGUUUACAACGCAUGGAGAGCUUAGAUUUAUCACACAAUAAUUUUUCUGGUGAAAUUCCACACACAUUCGGAAAUCUAUUGCAGCUAAGUAACUUGGAUUUGAGCAACAAUAAAUUGGAAGGUUGCAUUCCAGGUGGUCCUCAAAUGGAUAGAAUGAAUGACCCAAAUUCUUAUGCUAACAAUAGUGGGUUACGUGGAAUGCAAAUUAAAGUACCAUGUGAGGAGAUACCUUCUAAGCCAAAGCAGGUGAAAGAGAAAAUGGUGAAGAAGAGUAAGAGCUCGGAGACAUGGUUUUCCUGGGAAAUGGCAGUGAUUGGAUAUCCUUUUGGAUUUUUGUCAACAAUUUUGGCUUUGUAUGUUACUGACUAUUUCUAUAUGGCAUGACCAAGUGAAAGAGACAAAAGAGGCUAUGUGAGGAAUAGUUUUCUUUGUUUUUAGGUGUAGCUGUUCAAUACUUGUUUUCACUUUGUGCUAUUAACAAGUGCAAGGUUUAUUUGUGAUAGCAGGGAAGGAGUGUGCUAUGGGGGCACUUUUUUUUUUUUUUUCAAUGUAGUGAAAAUAAAAGUUGGUGGAAAAUUGUUUAUA